UCCCCAACCAGCAACCUCUUCCCCAGACAUAUACAUACAUCCUCUGUUUCUAUAUUUCAAAUUUAAUCUGAGAUGGCCGGAAAACAAACGGAGUUUUGGCUCCCGCCGGAGUUUCUCACCGGCGAUGAUAUGCUGAUGGAUCCUUAUUACUUCGAGAGCUCCGCUGCCAAGUCUCUACCCCGCUCGAAUCUGGUUUUCCCGUCUGAGUUCUCCCCUGAUUUGUGCUCCUCUCCGGUGGACUCCGGCGAGAACGAGAGCGACGAGGAGGACUUCCUCGCCGGGUUAACUCGUCGGUUUUGCCAGACGUUCAUCGAGGAAGCUGACAAGUCCGCGCGUAGUCUCCAUCAUAUGGAGACGCAGAAGGGUUUUGUGCUGUCACGAUCGCCGCAGUCCACGCUGGCGCAGGUGGGGAGCUGGACCGGUCGGAGCUCCGGGUCCAGCAAUGGUAGCCCGAAUGGGCCUUCUCUGGUUUCUUCUCCCCCUACUACUCCUCUGGGAGCUGAAAGCGACGCAUGGGAUCUGUUAUUCCAAGAUGUCGGUAACAUUGACAGGCUGAAAAUGACCGCCGGCGAUGGAUCCACCGCCAAAAACCGCUCCCUUCCUGAUCUACCGCCGGCGAAUCUCAUUAACAACUCUGUCUCCGGCGUUCGCAUUAGCCCCUUCCAUCAAGCUAGAGGAACUCAAAUGAUGCCUCACCAGAGCUCUGAAAUGUGGGGCCAGAAAGUGAGCCCCGGUUGGCUCGGAGCACGACAGCUGUAUCAGACCCGGGUCGGGUCGGGGUAUGCGGAAAACGGCAGCCGUGGGAGAACAGUGCUGGGAGGUUCGGCUCAGUCUGCUGCAUUGCACUCUCUGCAACUCCUGCAACAAAACCACUACGGUGGUCCGGCCACCAGAACGGUGUUUCCCGGCGGAUCUAGCGGUGGGGGGAUGAAACGCGAGUGUUCCGGCACUGGCGUGUUCAUUCCCCGGAGAUAUGGCUGUAAUACUACAAAACCUCCCUCCGAUUCACGCAAAACGACAGGGCGUUCUGCUGCUCUGAAUUUGACCAAGGCUGUUAGUGGUGUGAACCCGAGCUUUGAGUCCUUUGAAGGCUUCAAUGGUUUAGCUCAACCUCAGAUGAAUCCUCUAGAUUUGUUGAUUGCAAGGAGGAAUGCUACAUUGCUAGCGCAACGGAUGAGGAAUUUGACCCCCGAUGUUUCAAUCAGUCCCGAGCUUCGUCUCCCUCCCGAAUGGACUUACUGACCUCUGCAAAUCUCCUUCGUUCUCGAAGGAGCUUUUGCUGUUAGAAAUGGUGGGUAGAGAAGUAGUGCAUGAAAGUAGGAAGUAUAAGGAGCAGAAGCAGGUGUUUGGUUUAAGUUUUCUAGAAAUUAUUGAUGCAGGAAGGAAUAAACCAAAAUUUUCUCAAUAGGGUUUUGUUUCAAGUAUAUAUAAAUAUAUUAUAUUACAUAUAUGUGUGUGUUUUGAAGGAGGAAGAAGAUGAUAGCAGAAGAAAAAAACUGGAAAAAUGGGUGGUUUUUGUUGCUGUAAAAUAAGUGUUCUUAAAAUAUGGGUUUCUGGGGUUGUUUUUGCCAUGGCUGGGACUGCAUUGAAGAAAAGGCUGUUAAAGAAACAAGAAGAAAUGAAGAAGAAGAAAAUGAUGAUUAUGCAGCCCUCCCUUCCCCUCAUUGUAAAACUCAUUCUAUUAUCACUAUUGUAAUAAAGAAAAGCUAGCAAUGUUUAGUUGUCUGCAUUUAAGAUUUCUGCAUAAUUUCUUCUUGUUUCGGAAUAUAUAAUAUAUAAAAUAUAAA